AUUCCAUAGACUUUUACACACCAUGACUGUUACUAGUAAAUUUGCUUCACUUACUCGUGAAGAACCCGAUCCAAUCAUGAAGACCAUGAACGCUUAUGCCAAUGAUACCUCCGCUAACAAGAUUGAAGUAGCUAUCGGGGUUUACAAGGAUUCAUUAGGUGGAUCAUAUUUAUUCCCGCUGAUUGCCAAGGCCAAACAGCACUUGCACGAAAACGAUCCAGGACACAACUACACUCAAAUGUCUGGUAUUCCUUCAUUUGUCCGUGGUGCCCAACGAGUUAUCUUUGGUGAAGAAAUUGCCAGCCAAGGCAAAAUUGCCAGUUUACAAACUAUUUCCGGAACCGGUGCUAUCCAUAUGGGUCUCUUGGUUUACAAAGAAGCCGGGUACAAAAACUACUAUUUGGGUUUACCUGCUUGGCAAAACUACAUUCCUAUGAUUGAACAUGUAGGAAGUACAGUCAAAACAUUCACCUACUACGACGAAGCUAAAAAGACCCUCGACUUUGAAAGUUGUAUCCAAGCAUUGGAAUCUGCACCAAAAAAUACUAUAUUCUUGUUGCAAGCAUGUUGUCACAACCCUACCGGGGCUGACUUCACCCAUGAUCAAUGGGUCCAAAUCACGCAAAUCAUGAAGAGCCGCGAGUUGCUCCCCAUGUUGGAUAUCGCCUACCAAGGUUUCGCCUCGGGUGAUAAAGAUGUGGAUGCAUUCCCAAUCAGACAUAUGUACAAUGAAGGACUCGAUUUUGUUGUUUGCCAAUCGUUCUCCAAGAAUAUGGGAUUGUACAGUGAACGUGUUGGUUGUGUUCACGUUGUAGUUCAAGACAAGACUUAUGUCCCUCAUGCGCAAUCUACCUUGACUGCCAUGUUUAGACACGAAUGCUCAUUUGCACCAGCUUAUGGUGCCAGAUUGGCCAGCAUUAUCUUCGAGGAUCCAAAAUUGUUGCAAGAAUGGAACCAAGAUGUGAGAAAUGUAAGAGAUAGAAUGCAACAUAUGAGACAGUUGGUGUUUGACAAGUUAACCAAGUUGGCCACUCCAGGAGACUGGUCUAAUGUCGUGGAACAAACUGGAUUGUUUUGGUUCAGUGGGUUGACUGAAGAACAAAACAACAGAUUGAUUGAAAAACAUAACGUUUAUUCAACCAGCAUGGGUAGAGUUAAUAUUGCUGGUUUGAAUGAAGAGAACGUCGAUUAUUUCUGUAAAGCCAUUGACGAGGUUGUUAGAGCUACUAGUUAAGUUGAAUAAAUGAUCUAAUAUCUUAAA